UACCCCGGGGCAGCGAUGGACCGCGUCAGCUUGCUGUGGCGUCUACGUCGUCGGGCCCGUCGCGGGGCGCUGUGUAUGGGCCUCUUCUGCAUCUCCAUGGCAAUGCUCUAUGCCCUCUGCGCCGAGAACAGCGUACCAGUCACCGAUGCUAUCUUUGGGGUGCGGGCACGGACCCGCGCCCAGCCCCGGGCACACUCCAUCAUCAAGGUCUGUCUGUCUGUCUCUCUAGAGGGGUCAGGGAGCAUCAGCAGCAGAACAUGGGCAUGUCCGAAAUGGCCUAUUCUCUAUUUAGUGCACUACUUUUGAACCCAUCGGACAUACUCAUAGCCAUAGGCUCAUGAAUCCUCAUACUGUAUCAUACAGUAGACUCUGUCCAUUCUUCUAUUUCAUGCAAUCUUCUUCUUCUUCCCCAGGUGCUGAGAGGCGGGGCCAAGCCCAUGUACCUUGACCCCCAGAAGCUCCCCGGCGUCGUCCCUGGCAACCCCCACCGUCCAAUCCCAGUCCUCUCCUCCCCAAACCACACACAGGAAGUCACAGCUAAGGAGUCACACCCCAAACACCCCAUGAGAGAGCGAGAGUCAUCGGGAUUCUUCGCCUGGCUCUUGCCGCGCCCCUUCAUGCGGGCCAUGGAGACCCUGUUUGGGGGCCGACGUCGGGGGGAGCUUAGUGGAACAGUCGGGGAUGCAGAAUUUUUUGGUCCUCACAGAGCUCUGGGGGAGGUCUGGGACGACGAGAUGUCCAGUAAAAUGCUGGGGAAGAGGCUGAGGAAAGUGGUGCAGAACUAUCAGGUGAGGGGGCGGAGGGAGAUAGAGAAGAGAGAAAGAGCCCAGCUAGCACAUAACGUUUAUUACUUUAACGGAACGUUUCCUAAAAGUAACAUAAAACCGAUCAGAAUGCCAAAGUCAUGCCGGAAAAUGUUUUUGCGGAGGACACGGCAAGCCAGCCUGUUCCCUAUAAUGUAAACUCCCAACAGAAAUAACUUCAAAUUAAACAAAGGUUGUUAGCCAACUAGCCUGCUAAUGUUAGCCAUACUAACCUGCUAAUUGUAGCCCUACCAGCCUGCUAACGUUACUUGACUGCAUGAGUCAACCAGUUGCUAUCAGUAGCUUACAUUAAAGUAAUCCAACGUUUUGGAAAUACAAAAUGCCAUCUAACCAGUUAUCAAAUAAUGAUACCGAGGGAGAAUCAGCUAAACCAACAGUGAUAUAGUGAGGUAAAUCCAAAAUCGAUAGAUUCCAGAGGCAAUAAUCCAGAGGCUGCGUUGGACACAGGAGACGAGGGGAAGAGUGAACAAUAAGACAGCGAUCGGAAGGCUCCAGCAGAUGGAAAUUAUCACAACAGCACAGUCAGUCAGCUACUGUAGCGCACUAGUACUAAGCCAGGUUUGAAAAACGCUGGUAGCCUACUAACAGAGAACAGGCCGAAAAGUUGACCAAACAAAUUGGAGGACGAAAAACAAAUGAAGAACAGACUAAACAAUUAGAACAGGCAGGAAUGAUUUUCCACUUUCCUUUUGAGCCAGAGGCAAGUCUGCCGGUGGUGCAGGAGAAGUCAGAGCUGCUUGUACUGUUGCCAGAAGAUACCGACCCUACCAUCACGCUUGUUUACAAUGAGCUGCACUGGGGUCGGAACGCAAUCAAGGUUACAUUAAAACACUGUGAAACCGGUGCGAGAUAUGGGUCGGAAAACGUAUAAUGCAGGGAUGGGAUAUACACUGUACUCCAAAUUGUACCUUUAUCCACACUGAUACAUCGACGACAUUGAAAUACUGUUCAUUUUUUUUCUCUUAAAAAAGGUCAUCUUUGUCCUCAUGCUAGCUAUCAGUAGCCACUGCAGCUAAGUUUUUGACCACACUGUGUUGUUACUUUGGUGAGUAAAAACUCAGGCUUCAAACUCAUUCCACGAAGGGCAGAGUGUCUGCGGGUUUUCGCUCCACCCUUGUACUUGAUUGAUGAAUUAAGGCCACAAAUUAGUAAGGAACUCCCCUCCCCUGGUUGUCUAGGUCUUAAUAAACAAAAACCCGCACACACACUCGGCCCUCUGUGGAAUGAGUUUGACACCCCUGCUUUAAAGUAAUGUUCUCAAAUUGUUCCAAGAAUGUUAAGAAACAACGUUCUUCUGUGGGAAUUUCAGUACUUCAGCAUAACGUUUCCUACAGGUUUCAUUUAAAGGGGCAAUCUGCAGUAGCUGCAUCCAUUUUUGGACUUAUAAAUUAAUAAUAUAUUCUUGAAGAAUAUAACUUACAAAUGCAUCGUGAGCUUAGUUCAACUGUCGUACCCCAUCAGAACCCCAAAUAUAAGCUUGUUUUACUCCAACGUUUGUAAACAAAAUAAAUGUAAACAAACACGGUGUAGCCUCAAAACAUGGUUAAAAUUAUAAUUUUGGUAUCAUGGAUAGUCGGUCUUUGCAUCCAUAGCUCUGUCUAUGAAUUUGAGAGUUACAUUUUUCGAGCCCCAUCCCUCAGCUUUUUAGCGAAACAGUGGUGGGGAGUUCAAUUUGUUAUUGUUUCAACUGCUGUUCCGAGAACGUUAAGAAAACGUUCCAUAAAAACCAUAAGAAAACUUUUGUAAUGUUCAGAAAACGUUCUAAGAAUGUUAUUUAAAAACAUUUAAAUUCCGUUCUCAGCAUCAACAAAACUCUCUCUAGCCUUUAUCUUGUUAAGUGUGUUCAGGUGUGUUGGCCGCACCCACUAAUUGGCCACAACUGAUCUUAAGGAGUGCUUGUUUCCUUUGAAAUGGGGUCUGUUUGAAUAGACUAAAAUGAAAAACGUUGUAUGUGUAAAAACAACAUGGCAUGCUAGCUCCAUCCUGGUGGCGCAGUGGACUAAUUCCAUGGAUGGGGAACAGAAUAUUAUAGGUUUGAAUCUCACUGAUGCUGUGUCACAGUAAAAAAUAAAUGUGUUUGCAUGUAUUAAUGCCUAAGGAAAUGCAUUUCCAUGUGUCCUAUCUUUUAUGUAAAAAAAUAAGUUAACACAAAAUAAGCUAGCAGUGUUAUUAAGAGUCUUGAAACAUUCAGUGAAGUUAUUAAAACCUCUCCAUCAACAUUAUCUUUCCCUCUCUCUCCCUCUUGUCCCCCCACCAUAAUCUGUCUUCCUUAAUCCAUUUCUCUCUCUCUCUCUCUCUCCCCCCAUAAUCUGUCUUCCUUAAUCCAUUUCUCUCUCUCUCUCUCUCUCCCCCCAUAAUCUGUCUUCCUUAAUCCAUUUCUCUCUCUCUCUCUCCCAGGCGAUGAAUAAGUAUGGUGUGGAGUUCUCUGGUCCUGGGGGCGUGGACACUCGUCCUAAGGUGAGCGGCUCAGAGCUGCUGUGCCAGCUGAAGGACAAGGUAGAAGUUGCGACCCUGACCCCUGACCUCGAGCCCUUCUCCGCUCUGCCCUGGGCGUCCCAGCUGCCCCUACAUCCCAUAACCUCUGACCUUGGACCCUACAAGAGCUGUGCAGUGGUGUCGUCGGCUGGGUCACUACGCUACUCUGGACUGGGCAAGGAGAUUGGUAAGUGUGGGCGUGUGGUGAGGCAUACCCAAGCGGGAAAAAGUAUACUUAGUAUACUUAAUUUUUUGUAUUUUGAAUAUACUUAGUACACAUGUAUUUCAUGUGUACAUUUAAUUGUGUUAUUUUGGAACAACUUUAGUUGUACUAAACACAUUAAAGUUGUAUAGAAGUUGUGUUAUAGUACUAUUAAAAGUCACCUAAGUGUACUUCUAGGUACUAAAAUCACCCAAUUAAAGUGUACUUGUAAGACAUCAUUUGAAAUGUACUCUAUACACACUUAAAAUAUACUUUUAGUGACAGUUAAAGCUAUUCUCAAGUAGUAUGGAAACAAAAUGUUAGGUUACACCAACAGAAAAACCACCCUAAUCUGAGGUGUAAGGCUAGUUGAGGGCUCCAUGAACACGAUUAUGCCUAGCAUUUUUAGAAGCAUUAGACCAGAACCUUGAUACUGUUUGACGUCUAAGUUUGAACAUUAGUCAUGAAGAUUAAGCUAUUUUAGAUUUAUUUUGCAUCAGAAGUGUGUUAAUAAUGUCACUAGCAUAUCCCAUAUAUACUAAAAGUGCACUUUAAUUAGCUUUGGAGUACUAAUUUAGUUGCAAAAUAAUGGUACAUGAUGAACAUAUCUUAUUUACAUUUUAGUAGACGCUUUUAUCCAGAGCAACUUACAGUAGUGAUUGCAUACAGUUUCAUACUGGUCCCCUGUGGGAAUCAAACCCACAAUCCUGACAUUACAAGCGCCAUGAUCUACCAACUGAGCCACACGUGACGUAUGUAUGCCUAUUUUUAUAUUUCUAAUAUACAAAUGCUGGGUUCGACGUUAACAUUUGUCCGGGGCAAGUAUGUCGGACAAGCAGAUUACAGAUUUAAGUUGUCCGAAUGGAAAAGUAAAACAAAAAAUCACAAUAUCAAACAAUUAGGCUACUCCGAACAGAAUUGGAUCAGUGUCCCUUGGAUGCGAUGUCCUCCCAAUUUCUGCAGAGCGCAUUGCAGUAUAAUUAUUGUAGGUCUGCAUUGACAGGCAUGAGCGGUCUUUCAAUCAUGCAUUCGCGAUAUGCGUUUUUGAGAUCAAAGUGAGUGUGUGCACAUUUGUUGAUAUUCAUUGCUAGUUAGUGAGUUAUUUGCCCAGUUAUAGCAAAUAUUUGGUCAGCAAUGAAAAUCCUGGAAAAGUAAUGGUGUGCAUCACCUGCAUGCGUGCCAGUGUUUGACUAGUUAUCUCGCUAGUUAACUAUUUAGCAUGUAUUAAUGUCAUUGUCAUGUCCAAUGCCCUAAACAACUUUCCACCGGCGCUCAUGUACAACCUUAAAUGGCCGUCAGACAGUUGAUACGGGUGCGCAGUUGAUGAACCAAUGCUUCAUACUCCAGUUGUAAACCGUCUCUCAAGCACUGAAAAUUUGGUGUUGAGAAAUAAUUCUGAAACCUGGGAUUCUCUUCUAUUCAGUAAAAAAUAUUCUUAGAAUAGCCUAAUUGACAAGUACAGUAACUCCUAUGCUGUCAAGAUCUCCCCUGAAAACGGAAUAUUUUACCCUUACAAAUAGAUUAACAUGUCUUAGUUAGCUACCUUGCUUUGAAGUUGCUCACCUUAGCCAUUUGAUCCCUGGUUCAUUGAAUGAGGGAAUUAUUUUAUAAAGACAUAAAAAGUAUUUGGUUGUAAUUGUAAUGUUGCAGGGUCACCAACUACCCUCCAGGAUAGUCCUGGACAGCUACUGGGUGUGCAUGUUUUGUUCCAGCCCUGCUCUAACACAUUGUAAAAAAUUAGCUGCUCAACAGUUCCUUGAUAAGUUGACUCGGGUGUGUUUGAGCAGGGUUGGAUCAAAAGCCUGCACACCCAGUUACUCUCCAGACGGAGGGUUGGCCACAUAUGUUUUAUACGAUCAGCUCCUUCGUUUUGUUGACUUGAGGGAUAGGUUAUCCCCCUGGCACCAGGGCCCUCACCUCCUCCCUGUAGGCUGUCUCAUCAUUGUUGGUAAUCAGGCCUAUUAUUGUUGUGUCGUCUGCAAACUUGAUGAUUGAGUUGGAGGAGUGCGUGGCCACGCAGUCAUGGGUGAACAGGGAGUAAAGGAGGUGGCUGAGCAUGCACCCUUGUGGGGCCCCUGUGUUGAGGAUAAGCAAAGUGGAGGUGUUGUUUCCUAACUUCACCACCUUGGGGCGGCCCGUCAGGAAGUCCAGGACCCAGUUGCACAGGGCGGGGUUCAGACCCAGGGCCCCAAGCUUAAUGAUGAGCUUGGAGGGUACUAUGGUGUUGAAGGCUGAGCUAUAGUCAAUGAACAGCAAUCUUACAUAGGUAUUCCUCUUGUCCAGAUGGGAUAGGGCAGUGUGCAGUGUGAUGGCGAUUGCAUCGUCUGUGGAUCUAUUGGGGCGGUAUGCAAAUUGAAGUGGGUCUAGUGUGUCAGGUAAGGUAGAGGUGAUCCUUAACUAGCCUCUCAAAGUACUUCAUGAUGACAGAAGUGAGUGCUAUGGGGCGAUAGUCAUUUAGUUCAGUUACCUUUGCUUUCUUGGGUACAAGAACAAUGGUGGACAUCUUGAAACAAGUGGGGACAGCAGAAUGGGAUAGGGAGAGAUUGAAUAUGUCCGUAGACACUCCAGCCAGCAGGUCUGCGCAUGCUUUGAGGAUGCUGCUAGGGAUGCUGCCUAGGCCGGCAGACAUGCAAGUGUUAACAUGCUUAAAUGUCUUACUCAUGUCGGCCACGGAUAACGAGAGCGUCUCGUGUCUGAGCCAUUAAAUUGUGGUGCCACUUUGUCUCUGUACUGACGUUUUGCCUGUUUGAUUGCCUUACGGAUGGAAUAACUACACUGUUUGUAUUCAACCAUAUUCCCAGUCACCUUGCCAUGGUUAAAUGCGGUGGUUCGUGCUUUCAGUUUUGUGCGAAUGCUGCCAUCUAUCCACGGUUUCUGGUUUGGGUAGGUUUUAAUAGUCACAGUGGGAACAACAUCCCCUUCCUGAUGAACUCAGUCAUCGUGUCUGUGAAUACGACAAUGUUAUUCUCAGAGGCUACCCGGAACAUAUCCCAGUCCGCGUGAUCAAAACAGCUUAAAGCAUGGAUUCUGAUUGGUCAGACCAGCGUUGAAUAGACCUUAGCACGAGUACUUCCUGUUUGAGUUUCUGCCUAUAGGAAGGGAGGAGAAAAAUUGACUUGUGAUCUGAUUUGCCGAAGGGAGGGCGGGGGAGGGCCUUGUAGGCAUCCCGGAAGGGGGAGUAACAGUGUUCAAGCGUUUUAGCAGCGUGAGUACUACAGUCAAUGUGUUCAUAGAACUUCGGAAGCGUUUAUCUCAAAUUUGCUUUGUUAGAAUCCACAGCUACAAUAAAUGUGGCCUCUGCAUAUGUGGUUUCCAGUUUGCACAAAGUCCAGUGUAGUUCCUUGAGGGCCGUCGUGGUAUCAGCUUAAGGGGGAAUAUACACGGCUGUGACUAUAACUGAAGAGAAUUGUCUUGGGAGGUAAUACGGUCGGCAUUUGAUUGUGAGGCAUUCUAGGUCGAGUGAACAAAAGUACUUGAGUUUCUGUGCGUUAUCACAAUCACACCAUGAGUAGUUGAUCAUGAAACAUACAACACCGCCUAUCUUCUUCCCGGAGAGUCCUUUAUUCCUGUCUGCGCGAUGUACUGAGAACCCAGCUGGCUGUAUGGACGGGGACUGUAUAUCCGGAGAGAGCCAUGAUGUCUCUCUAGGAGGAGAUCCUCGCCCUGAGCUCGUGUACUUUAUUGUCCAGAGACUGAAUAUUAGCGAGUAAUAUACUCGGAAGCAGUGGAUGGUGUGCACGCCUCCUGAGUCGGACUAGAAGUCCACUCCGAAUACUUCUUCUCCACCAUCGGCGUCUUGGAGCAGCCUCUGGGAUAAGUUCAAUUGCCCUGGGGGGUACGAACAAAGGAUCUAAUUCGGGAAAGUCGUAUUCUUGGUCGUAAUGCUGGUGAGUUACCGCUGCUCUGCUAUCCAAAAGUUAUUUCCGGCUGUAUGUAAUAACACAAAAAAAGUUCUGGGCUAGUAAUGUAAGAAAUAACACACAAAAAAACAAAAUACUGCAAAAUUGCUUAGGAGCUAGAAGCAGAGCUGCCAUGUCUUUCGGCGCCAUCUUGUUACACACGCCCCGGCCGGUCGGGUAUAGCCAUAGCAUGUUUUUUGUGCCCUUAUAUGACCUUUUCUGCCUGCUUUUGAGACACUAUUUGAUCCCACCCUGGGACACUACUUGUUGAGUAAUUAAAACUCUCAACAAUCAAUAUUAAAAUAAUAUGUAUUCAUUAUAGAAAGUUAUUAAUGAUAAACCUUCAGUUUCUUUUUAACACUGCACUCUCGAGAGUUGCACUAGAACUCUGUAACAAUAUCAGACUGACUGAUUCCCCAGUCCUAGAUAUCUCCAGAGAGAGAGAGAGAGAGAGAGCGAGAGAGCGAGAGAGAGAAUACAUCAAAUAAAUAAGUAAUUACAAUGUAUUAACACAUGAAUGUGUGUGUUUGAGAGAGAGAAAGGGAAAGGGGGAUACCUAGUCAAGUGUACCUAGUGUACAACUUAAUGGAUUCAACUGAAAUGUGUCUUCCCCAUUUAACCCAACCCCUCUGAAUCAGAGAGGUGCGGGGGGCUGCCUUAAUCGGCAUCCACGUCAUCGGCGCCCGGGGAACAGUGGGUUAACUGCCUUGCUCAGGGGCAGAAUGACAGAGAAGGAGAGAGAGUGUGUGUGUGCAUGUGUUUUAUUUGUCCUUGUCAGUCACCCAUCUCUGGAAUAGGAAUACCUGGGAUAGGAUAAAGUAUUCCUUCUAACCCCCCCCCCCCCCCCCCCAAAUUGUAAAGUGGUUAUCCCACUGGCUAUAGGGUGAACGCACCAAUUUGUGAGUCGCUCUGGCUAAGAGCGUCUGCUAAAUGACGUUAAUGUGCCCUUGAGCAAGGCACUUAACCCUAAUUGCUCCUGUAAGUCGCUCUGGUUAAGAGCGUCUGCUAAAUUACUAAAAUGUAAAAAUGUAAAUGUAUCUCUCCUAACUAUGCCCUAUCCACCAACUGAGGAAGCCCAACUGCAACACUUAGCGGACACAUGUCCAUUGUGGGAAAUGGAUGACAGAAUCUGUAGGCCUAAAUAUCUCCAAUCCUAAAACAAGGCAACAGUAAACAUGUUGUCUCCCACGAAUGAUGCAGUGUGUGUGUGUGUGUGUGUGAGAGAGAGAGAGAGAGAGACAGAAUGAUUUCGUGCCUGCACACAUACGUAUGCGUGUGAUAUCAUUUGAAUGACCUGUAUCCAGCAGGAACUCUUUAGACCGCUCCUCUUUUGUUGUGGCAGGAGCUGGUGCCAAAGGGGAGCGGAGCAGGACAGCCUGUAGAGAGGACCACUGUUAGAGCUGUCUCAGCAGAGAGGAGAGCUAGAAGGUCAUGCAUGUUGUUCCUCUCCUGAAAUAGCGGCCCAAUAACCUUAAAUGACAAUAAUCAUAAAGCUAAACUAUGCAAGUAAGUGAGUGAGUGAGUGAGUGAGUGAGUGAGUGAGCGAGUGAGCGAGCGAGCGAGCGAGCGAGCGAGCGAGUGAGUGAGUGAGUGAGUGAGUGAGUGAGUGAGUGAGUGAGUGAGUGAGUGAGUGAGUGGGUGAGCGAGUGAGCAAGCGAGCAUGUGAUUGAGAGGCGGAGAGUGAACUGUCAACUGUGUGAUCAUGUCGCUGUACUGUUUAUUUUUUGUUGUAUUCAGUCACUAAAUGCACAUUAGGAGCUUUUCCGGACUGCUCAGUGUACUCACCCUGGCAAUCCCUGGUGUGUGUCUUUGUUUAUAUGACACAGAUGUUUGUCAACCUGACCGAGUCCUUGUAGUAGGAUUUUCCAGUGAUUAGCUUUGGCGUCAAUUACUAUAAACAGUGUACAGUAAAACGAAUAUCAAACAUACAGAUCUGGAUUGACGUAGGCUAAAUCAUGUGAAGUUACAUAACCUCUAGGGCUUAGUCAAUCAGUCGAGUUUAACAACGGAUGUAGGCUACAAGUGUGUAUGCACUCUCAACCGUUGUGAUAUAAUGAAUUGGCACAACCAUUGUUGACAAAUGCAUUGCAUAUCCGUUGUUCCACCUGAGUGUAGACUAAGCCUGUUUAUGCUCCAAUUCAUGUCAGUCACUCUAAAUCUAAAUAUUAACUUGAGUGAUCUUAAUUUUACUCAAUACAAAGUCAUACAGUACCUUAAGCCAGCACUUUUUUCUUGGUCCUUCCUGCUAGGGUCAGGCGGGUUCACGUUCCGGAAUCGAGGACUAUUGGAAUGGAAUAUUUACAAUAAGUAUGCAUAAUCUAUAAAGAUAUCCACACAGUAAAUGAAGGUGCCGCAUUUAUGAAUUAUAUUCCAUUUGAAUGAGAUAUACAUCACCUUUGUCUAAACGGCACCCACAGCAAUGGUUGCAGCUUUUGGUUUGCUGUGUGUUUAAAACAACAGCACAUAUUUACACCAUGAGCAAUAACAGAUAUGGAAAUCAUUCUCAAUCUAAGUAACAUCUGUAAAUUAAUGAGACCAGGUAUGCCUCAUCUGAUCUUUGUCUUUUUUCUUUUGAAAAUCUGCCACUGAACCACACAUUUCUAUAUAGUGAGAGAGACCACACAACAUAUUAGCUUUAAUUACCUGGUUGCCCCAUUGAAAUCAACAUUACUUUCAUGGGAGACCUUCUGGUAUGGAUAAAGGCUUGAUAAUGUUCACUCUUUAAAGCAGGUAGAUAGCUAAAAGAGUGACACCACAACAGCUGCAUGAAUGUGUGAUCUCUCCAUAUGUUCAUUUAUCAAUUUCCAAGCCCAACUAGCUAGACAGAAUAGUGUUCAGGCUACGUUGUUGUCAUUCAGUAAAGGUGUAGCUAGCUACUCUAACGUUACUGUGCUAGCCUACGGUAGCCUGCAGCCUACAACCAAGCUAGUUAACUACAAAGAAACAAUCAAUUUAAUCAACAGGCUUUUUAGCUAAAUAUACAGUGAACUCCAAAAGUAUUGGGACAGUGACACAUUUUUGUUGUUGUUUUGGCUCUCUACUCCAGCACUUUGGAUUUGAAACAAUAGAACUAUUAAAGUGCAGACUGUCAGCUUUAACUUGAAGGUAUUUUCAUCCAUAUCGGGUGAACCGUUUAGAAAUUACAGCAGUUUUUGAACAUAGUCUCCCCAUUUUAGGGGACCAAAAGUAUUGGGACAAAUUCACUAAUGUGUAUUAAAGUAGUCAAAAGUUUGGUCUGAUAUUCCUAGCACGCAAUGAUUACAACUUGUUGGAUGCAUUUGCUGUUUGUUUUGGUUGUGUUUCAGAUUAUUUUGUGCCGAAUAGAAAUGAAUGAUAAAUAAUGUAUUGUGUCAUUUUGGAGUCACUUUUAUUGUAAAUAAGACUUGAAUAUGUUUCCAAAGACUUCUACAUUAAUGUGGAUGCUACCAUCUCGUAGAGCCCCCUCUUCAGGCAACCAUUGAACAUUUCAUUAUAUGUAUAUAAUAUCAGUCCUUUAUCUGAGGAAUAAAGAACGAUACAAAUAUUUCUGUGAAAGACUAAUAUUGGCCGAUAAUAUUGGGUGCUAUGCUGACAUACAGUGGGGAAAAAAAGUAUUUAGUCAGCCACCAAUUGUGCAAGUUCUCCCACUUAAAAAGAUGAGAGAGGCCUGUAAUUUUCAUCAUAGGUACACGUCAACUAUGACAGACAAAAUGAGGAAAAACAAUCCAGAAAAUCACAUUGUAGGAUUUUUAAUGAAUUUAUUUGCAAAUUAUGGUGGAAAAUAAGUAUUUGGUCAAUAACAAAAGUUUCUCAAUACUUUGUUAUAUACCCUUUGUUGGCAAUGACACAGGUCAAACGUUUUCUGUAAGUCUUCACAAGUCUUUCACACACUGUUGCUGGUAUUUUGGCCCAUUCCUCCAUGCAGAUCUCCUCUAGAGCAGUGAUGUUUUGGGGCUGUCGCUGGGCAACACGGACUUUCAACUCCCUCCAAAGAUUUCUAUGGGGUUGAGAUCUGGAGACUGGCUAGGCCACUCCAGGACCUUGUAAUGCUUCUUACGAAGCCACUCCUUCGUUGCCCGGGCGGUGUGUUUGGGAUCAUUGUCAUGCUGAAAGACCCAGCCACGUUUCAUCUUCAAUGCCCUUGCUGAUGGAAGGAGGUUUUCACUCAAAAUCUCACGAUACAUGGCCCCAUUCAUUCUUUCCUUUACACGGAUCAGUCGUCCUGGUCCCUUUGCAGAAAAACAGCCCCAAAGCAUGAUGUUUCCACCCCCAUACUUCACAGUAGGUAUGGUGUUCUUUGGAUGCAACUCAGCAUUCUUUGUCCUCCAAACACGACGAGUUGAGUUUUUACCAAAAAGUUCUAUUUUGGUUUCAUCUGACCAUAUGACAUUCUCCCAAUCCUCUUCUGGAUCAUCCAAAUGCACUCUAGCAAACUUCUGACGGGCCUGGACAUGUACUGGCUUAAGCAGGGGGACACGUCUUGCACUGCAGGAUUUGAGUCCCUGGCGGUGUAGUGUGUUACUGAUGGUAGGCUUUGUUACUUUGGUCCCAGCUCUCUGCAGGUCAUUCACUAGGUCCCCCCGUGUGGUUCUGGGAUUUUUGCUCACCGUUCUUGUGAUUAUUUUGACCCCACGGGGUGAGAUCUUGCGUGGAGCCCCAGAUCGAGGGAGAUUAUCAGUGGUCUUGUAUGUCUUCCAUUUCCUAAUAAUUGCUCCCACAGUUGAUUUCUUCAAACCAAGCUGCUUACCUAUUGCAGAUUCAGUCUUCCCAGCCUGGUGCAGGUCUACAAUUUUGUUUCUGGUGUCCUUUGACAGCUCUUUGGUCUUGGCCAUAGUGGAGUUUGGAGUGUGACUGUUUGAGGUUGUGGACAGGUGUCUUUUAUACUGAUAACAAGUUCAAACAGGUGCCAUUAAUACAGGUAACGAGUGGAGGACAGAGGAGCCUCUUAAAGAAGAAGUUACAGGUCUGUGAGAGAAACAUCUCAAGGAUGAUCAAUGGGAACAGGAUGCACCUGAGCUCAAUUUCGAGUCUCAUAGCAAAGGGUCUGAAUACUUACAUAAAUAAGGUCUUUAUUUAAUUUAUUUUUAGAUUUUUGUACAAACAUUUCUAAAAACCUGUUUUUGCUUUGUCAUUAUGUGGUAUGGUGUGUAGAUUGCUGAGAUUUUAAUCCAUUAAUGUAACAAAAUGUGGGAAAAGUCAAGGGGUCUGAAUACUUUCUGAAGGCACUGUAUAUAUUUUUUACACACAUUUAACCCAGUUUUUUUGGUUAGACACAUACCUUCAGACGAGUCCCGUGACACUUGUGGGGGUUAUAGAGCAAAGAGUCUCCCCUUUCCUUAAUAGUUUUGUAGGUCAAACCGUUCGGACGCUACAGACGUUUUCGUGAGGAGACCGAUUUUCGGGAUGUCUCAUGGUCUGACAAACACCACUCUAGCUCUGCCGCCUUUCACCACAGAUGUGGAAGUGCAACACUGCCGGAUGCGGUGGACUGAGACGCAUCCCAUGGGUCCCGUUUGCCUCAGUUGGUAGAGUAUGGCACUUGCAACGGCAGGUUUGUGCGUUCGAUUCCCACGGGGGACCAGUACGAAAAAUGUAUGAAAAUGUAUGCACUCACUACUGUAAGUUGCUCUGGAUAAGAGUGUCUGCUAAGUGACGAAAAUGUAAUGAAAAAAAAAGAUAUCUCUAGCUUAAACUGACAGAUUUUUUUGUUAUGUAACUUAGAUUGACUCAUCGGGCUGUCAAUCGACUCUAGGGGGUUAAUUAAGCAAUAAGGCCCGAGGGGGUGUGGUAUAUUGUCCAUUACAAACACAACACAAUAUACAACCAUACACUCCACCUGAAUCUAAAUACAUGGGCAACUCAGAAAUGCAUCCAAAAAAGCUUAUAAGCCCACUUUAGUGCAGCAUCUGUAACUUCAGUGAUUCCAAAUGAAUGAUAUAUAUAUACAUACUGUACUUUUUGUAUCAUUGUCUAAUCACAGACUCCCAUGAUGCAGUGCUGCGGUUCAACGCAGCGCCCACCGUGGGGUACGAGAAAGACGUCGGCUCCAAAACCACCAUCCGUCUCCUAAACUCCCAG